UUUCCCCAUCAAUGGAAAUUUUUGUUCUCACCAUCAAUACAUUGUUUUUAGUCAGGAGCACACGUGGACGUCAUGUGCUACGCCAAGUGGCCUUUGAAUCAAUAGGAGAGCAUUUUUAAUUUUUCUUCGUUUCUAAAAAUACAUUUUUACCCACUGAAAUUGCGGUUUCCUCCAUUUUGAUUUUACGCUUGUGCACGCAGUGAUACUUUGGUUGAGAGGUGACUGCCUCAGUGUCCUCGAAAUGUGCUCUGGAAGUCAUGUCUUUGGUUUCAUUCUUUCGUUAAUCUACCAUGCAAGCAACAAAGGAAAAUCUUCAAGCACUUCAGAUUUUCGCCUUCCUUCAGAUUCUUUCCUACAGGGGAGCAGCAUCUUUCGAUGAAAAGUCUGAAACAGUCAUUUUCAGUGAAAGUAUUGAGUCCGUCACAGGGCGUCCACUAGAAUAUGAAAGAAAGGCAUCUCUUCCUCAAGGACACUCAUUUUUGUCUUCCUCGCAAUUUGCUAACCCUACAGAUCGAGAUAAAAAAAACGAAAAUCAAGUUGAUUCGGCUAGCCGCAUUAGAAUACUCACGCCUGAUGAAUUGGAACACGAGAAUACUGAACUCCAAAUCGGAAGUAAGAAAAAUAAAUUUCCUUUACAACCCAUGGAGGAAGAGAGGGAUGCUGGAUUAGGUGACUUUAGUUUAUUGCCGUUCCGCCUCACACCUAAAAAACUGGCGGAGACUGAGAUUGAUUCUCGCUUGCCACGUGAGUCAUUUUCACUUCUUGAAGAAGGGAAAAUCACUAGCAGUCUAAGUGGUGAGGAUGACUCAACUUCUUUCCGUGGUAAAGGAGAGGAUGGCCAUGACUUGGAUCAAGGAUUGAGUGACUAUACCCCACCCACCAAUAGAGAAGCAAAAGGAGACGGGUCCGUUUUUCAGGAUGUUGGAUCUUUGACUUUUGGAGAUCAACGACUGGUGCCACGUAAUUGUUGGCCCUUUGGCUGUCAUGAUACCUUCUCUAAGCAGGCCCUCGAGUCUCACAAUUACUAUAGGAGAAAACAUCAGGCAGAGGAUCUAAGACUUAGCCACCGGAUCAGCAGUUAUGCUCAAGAGUGGGCCGAAAAAUUGGCCUCGGAGGGAGGUCAUCUGCAGCAUCGUUUAAAUGGAAAAUACGGGGAAAAUUUGUGGGCUGGUACUUUCUUACCCACAGGACAUCAACCCGUUGAUCACUUUUACGAGGAGGAGCAGUUAUAUAUAAAUGUUUACGGAGGUGAACCAGCCUCCAACGGUGCUGGACAUUUUACCCAGCUAGUGUGGCGCAAUAGCAAAAAGCUCGGAGUGGGAUUGGCGCAAAGUCCCGGAGGCAAGUGGGUCGUCGUCUUCAACUACGAUCCAAGAGGCAACACCAACAUGGAUGGCGGUUAUGAACAGAAUGUCUUGGCCCCAACCGAGAAGGCGGAUAACCCACCUACUGCCAAGAUAAAACCCAAAAAAAACCAAGCCGUCGGCUCUGCAUUUCCCGACGGCCUCAUCCCCGCCCAGUUCUUCGAGGAGAUGAGGCCGCCUUGGGCUGGAUCCCAGAGGAGUGGUAAGUCGAAAUCGAGACCCAACUUUGGAUACUCCGCUUCGGGUCUCCGCAAAAGUAGGGUCGGCUCCAAAAGCUUCAAAGACGUGGCCGUGAGCGCCACGAGAUCCGUCAAGAGGUUGGCUAGCAAAGUUUGCGGCAGCGGCAGGAAGAGCAAAAAGGAGAGGAGCCACGACUUUUCGAGCUUCAUAUCGCAAGAUGGAGAGUUCCCGUUCCCGUUCCCGCAGCCGGCCUUUCCCAUCCGCGGGCCAGGCUCAUUCUCGUCGUCCAUGGGCGGACCAGACCUUUUCUCUAGACCUCAGCUUGGAGGACCACUCCUGCUCCCUAGCCGCACGCGGCCUUAGACCAAAAUCCAGCCAGGGGAGGAUAUUUUCUGAGAAUUCCCAGCUUUGGCGGAAAGCAUUCUGAGUAUGAUCGAAAUACAAUGUUUUGAAAUUAAACCACCUGGUAGAUUGUUUUUGAAAUAUUGAAAGUUCUAUGUUCUGUAACAAUUUGAUAAAUAUGACCUAAAAGUAAUAAAAGAAGUGAUCGAAAA